CUCGAGGGGUAAGUGUCCUUCUGAACCUACCCUGUCCCUCUCUGGGGCAUGGGUGAGAACUCCUUUCCUCUUCGGAGGAUCCACAGGCCCUGCUCACUCUUCUUGCCAGGCCUGCCGCCCUCUCAGCAUGACCCCAGCCCCCUGAUCUAUUUUCCAGAGGUUCAUGAGACUGGGGCACUGGAGGGCAGGUAGAGGACACCCUAGACCCCGCCCCGGGGCACCUCAUCCAGGCAAGUCCCAGGUCACCGCCCCCUCCUCCGUCAGCCUGCUACGGAGCCCAGAAUCCCAAGUGGCUGGAGCACUGGGGGACACGCAGACAGAGCCUUCGCUGGACCAAGUCCUCCAGGAACGGGAUGAAGCCAUUGCCAACAGGAAGCGGGCGGUGGAGGCUGAGCUGGACGCGUGCAGGGCCAAGCUGCGAGCUGUGGAGGCCCAGCUGCUGGAGGUCGUGGAGGAGAAACUGAGGCUGAGGCAGGAGGUGGAGGCUUGGGAGGAGGACAUGCAGCAGCUGGUGAGGCAGCAGGUCCAGAGUCAGCUGCAGAGAGAGGCCGAGGACGCUCGGGGAGCCCAGGUGGACCCCGGAGCUGCCAGGCCUCUUGGGGCCCGAUUCUCCCUGGGUCGGUGGGGGCGUUGGUGGUGAGAGAGCACAGCCCAAGGCCUCAGGACCAGGGUCUUUAUUCAUUAAAUAAAUAAGGCCUGACCAC